AUGCUGCGUUCAGAAGACGAUGCCACGCAUACAACAGUAGACCUUGGACCCGCGAAGGAAAUCCAGCACUCUGACGACUUUCCGAAACCAGCACAGGCCAGUCCCAUUCAAAAGGAGAAGAAAAAGCUUCAAUUCCAUAUGGCGAGCAAGAUACAAAUUAUCCCCGACAAUCGACAAGGUCAAUUGAACACCGGAUUUUUGGCCACAAUUCCUGGUGUCCUCAAGAUCGCUGAGAUAAUUCUUGCCUUUGUCGCCUUCGUACUGGCUAUUUGUGCUGAUAGACGGUCUACUACCGCAGCUUGGACAGAACAUAUCACCUUCGAGACGAUGGUUGUCACUGCCGCACUACUGGCUGGUUACGUCUGCUUUCCACAUCUCACAAUCCGCGAAGAGCCCACACGAGAAGGGCUGAUUGUACUGGAGUUGAUUUUCUACGGGAUCAACACGCUCUUCUAUUUUAUCUCUAUCUGGUUAAUGGUCCACUUGUCGGCGAGCUGGGGUACCGAUGGAAGAGGAGCAGCCAUCAUGACCGCGAUCAUUUGCGUGGCAUUAACAAUUAUCUUUGCCAUUGAGACCUUCCUAAAAUUGAAAGCAUGGCGAGGAGAGAAUGAGCCCAGCAGCAAAGUGAUAACCACCGGACCGCAACCUGCUCAAGGCUGA